AUGUUAUCGGCCUCCAGUCCGCCCAUGUCUUGGGCGUCUCUACUCCUGACUGCGUGGUCCUCCAGGGCUCCCUCCCUGCUGCUUGUUGUGAUGGUGAGCAGGGAUGUGGGGCUCAGGCUGGGUCUGGAGGGGGUGCAGACCUCCAUGUGCUCUCGCUGGGGCUCCAGAGUGGAGGAGUUCAACCAGGGUCAGGAUGGAGACGUUGUCAUCGGUGGGCUCUUUAACCUUCAUUACCAACCGCCAGUUAUAGACCAGGAGUUCAUUAAGCCUCCGUUCUACAAUCCAUGCACUGGGUUGCAAGUGGAGACACUGAAGGCUGCCUAUGCCAUGGAGUUUGCAGUGGAAGAAAUCAACAGAAACCCCCUCAUUCUGCCUGGUGUGAAGCUGAACUACAGAAUCCUCGACGACUGCGGCCUACACCCCUGGGUGCUGCAUGGAGCAUUCUCGCUGGUUGGGGGAGAGACGGAGAGUUGUGAGUAUGCAUUACAUUCAUCAGGGGGCCCGUCUGUACCACUGAUCAUCGGUGGGGCUUCUUCUACCACAGCCAUUAUACUGUCCAGGACACUGGCCUCUCUCUCUGUUCCAGUAAUUAGCUACCUUGCCAGCUGUCCCUGUCUUAGCGACAGACAUCGGUUUCCUAACUUCUUCAGGACCAUUCCCAGUGACGUCUACCAGGCUAAGACCAUGGCCCGACUUGCAAUACUCUUCAACUGGACUUGGAUUGGAGCAGUCGUUGCAAACAAUGACUAUGGUCGUCUGGCAAUCCAGACAUUUCAGGAGGAGAUUAAGGGAUCAGGAGUGUGUUUGGCAUUUCUAGAAGCUGUUAGCAGGGAGAAUAUUGAGGAAGAUGCAAAACGUGCAGCUACAACUGUUCAGCAUUCCACUGCAAGAGUGAUACUGAUCUUUACCUGGUACACAGAUGUGAGGGAGUUGUUUCUACAACUGGCCAAGAUAAAUGUGACUGACAGGCAGUUCCUAGCCAGUGAGGCUUGGAGUACUAGCAGCGAUCUUUUACAAAAUGUUGCCAUUUUGAACGUGGCAAGUGGUGUGUUAGGUGUUGCUAUUCGAAGUGCAAGGAUACCAGGAUUUAAAAGUUUCCUCCAGGACUUAAAACCCUCAAAUCGCCCUGGCGAUUUUCACCUGCGGGAAUUCUGGGAAAAGGAGUUUGAAUGUAGCCUUUCAACAACACUAUUGAAUUCUCAGCCCAUGUCUGAUGGUUUAACUACAAAUAACUUGACUGCUUCUCAUGCCACCAAAUCUCCACUGUCAGCUACUCUUUCACUGUGCACUGGGAGAGAGACACUUGAGGGCGUACAGAAUAUUUUUACUGACACUGCCCACUUAAGGGCCGCGUAUAAUACCUAUCUGGCUGUGUAUGCUGCAGCCCACGCUCUGCACAGCCUUCUCUCGUGCCCAGAUAAAGAGAGUUCUCCAAGAAACAACAGCUCCACCUGUAGCUCACCUUAUAACAUUACACAGAAAGAGUUGUUAGAGCACCUCAACAAAGUGAACUUCAAUACUCCAAACGGGGAAGAGUUCUUCUUCCAAGGAGCCGACAUCCCUGCUGCUUAUGACCUGGUCAACUGGAAGACCUCCCCUGAUGGGUCACUGAAACUAGUUCUGAUUGGUCGAGUGGAUGGCAUGAAAUUACACCUGAACAAAACAUCUAUUCAGUGGACUACAGGCUCCAAUCAGGUGCCUAUUUCUGUAUGCAGUGAGAGCUGCCCCGCAGGAACACGAAGAGCUAAUAAGAAAGGAGAGCCUGUCUGCUGCUUUGACUGUAUCCCCUGUAGUGAUGGAGAGGUCAGCAAUGAGACUGGUUCCCAUCAGUGCAGGCGAUGUCCUGUUGAGUUCUGGUCCAACCCGGGGAACACGGCCUGUAUUCCACGCAAAGUUGACUUCCUUUCUUUAAAUGAGACGAUGGGAAUCGUCUUGACAACUGGAGCUGUGUCGGGGGUUGUGGUCACUACAGCUGUUUUUGUCAUAUUUUUAUGCUACCAUAACACUCCUGUGGUGCGUGCAAAUAACUCAGAGCUGAGCUUCCUGCUCCUCCUGUCACUCAUGCUCUGCUUCCUUUGUGCGCUGGUGUUCAUUGGUCGUCCCUCCGUGUGGUCCUGCCGCUUACAGCAGGCAGCUUUCGGGAUCAGCUUUGUCCUCUGUGUCUCCUGCCUUCAGGUGAAGACCAUAGUGGUCCUGGCCGCUUUCCGCUCAGCUCAGCCAGGAGCUGGAGGCCUGAUGAAGUGGUUUGGUCCGUGCCAGCAGAGAGGCAGUGUCUGUUUCUUCACCAGCAUACAGGUGAUCAUCUGUACCAUAUGGCUGUCCCUUAGCCCUCCGAUCCCUCAUCGUGACCUUGGUUUCCAGGGGUCAAAGGUUAACCUAGAGUGUGCCAUGAGUUCAGUGGUGGGCUUUGCAGUUGUCUUAGGCUACAUAGGCUUCCUAGCCUGCCUCUGUCUCCUACUUGCUUUCCUGGCUAGGAAACUACCUGAUAACUUCAAUGAGGCCAAGUUCAUCACCUUCAGCAUGCUGAUCUUCUGUGCUGUCUGGGUGGCCUUUGUUCCAGCCUACAUCAGCUCUCCAGGGAAGUACUCAGUGGCUGUGGAGAUCUUUGCCAUCCUGGCUUCUAGUUAUGGCCUGCUGCUGUGCAUCUUUGCUCCAAAGUGCUUCAUUAUCCUCCUGAGGCCUGAGAGGAACACCAAGAAACAGCUGAUGGGCAGAUAG